GUAAACCACAGCCCAGUAGUCUGACAGCUGCACUGGGAUUCAGAAGAUGGGAAUUUUUUUCACUCUGAUGAACAGCAUUAGUGACUCAUGGAUGAGCCCCAGCUCCAUGGACAUAGCAAUGGACCUGAGCCUUGCCUUUAUGUGUGGAACAGGGCUCUUUUUCCUACUACUCCCCUUCCUGAAGAAGUAUCCAGUGUCAUCACCUCCUGAGAGUGAAAGUGACAUCCCAAAGGUUGUGAAGAGGAAGCAGAUAAACACCAGGAAGAAAACAGCUACUGUAAAAGAUUGUAGAGAUGUUGGAAAAAAUGUGGAAGACACCAAGACUCCAUCACAGCUGAUGAAAAUCUCCACCAAUCAACAACUCCAAGACUCCACACCACAACCCUUGUGGAACCCUCUUCAGAAAAUGAAUCACCUUCCUCUCUUUCAGCAGUUGUCUUAUCUCAAGGUCUUGGAGCAUCUUAUACAGAAGGAGUUUAAUCAAAUUUUCUGGGGCAUAUCCUCCAUGUUCUCUGAGUCAGUUGUGGCUACAACUCAUGUUCUCAGAAAACCUUGCUUGGCAGAACAUAAAACUGUGAGGUUUUGUGAUGCCUGUGGCCCUGCCCAAGAUCUUUCCCAGGCUCGAGAACCUCCACACCAUUCUCAGGAACAGCCAAUGCCUCAACCGCUUAUGACACCAAGCUUGGUAGCUGUGACAGAAGCCCAAAGAAAGGAAAUUCUCCCAAGCUCAACACCAAAACACAUGCCUCCUUGUUUCAAGAGUAGGGCCUGUGGAACAUCAUGUCCUACCACUGAAAGAGGAACACAGACAUGCAUACCAACUGAAAACCAGCCCUGGCAACAAGGACUGCAUUGGAAAGACACCAAAGUUUAUGACACGCCAAACCAUCAAGCAGCCAUUAGCAAGCCUACUGGGAACUUCUUCAGAGGCAGCCUGGACAAUAAAGCUAUCAGGCCAGCAUCCAUCCUUUCUGAGCAUAAGGUCCAUAAGAAUGAGGAGCCACAAAAUGAAGACAAUGCAACUACUGUGGGAGAUCAACAAGGAACCCCCAUCAGUUUCCUCCCAUCCCAGAAACUGACUCAGCUUCAGGGAAAUUUCCCAGCAAAAAGAGAUAAUUGCAAAAGCAGCACUCAACUCUCCCAGCCCACCCAGCCCUCCAUCCUGAGCUCCAAAAGCUGCAAAGGUAGAAAAAUGAGGGGUUCCGUGCCCUUGGGGCUACCUUUAAAGAAGGACAUAGAAACCUGUGAUAUACAUAACAGCAUCAAGAAAGGCCUUGGUCUAGAGGGCCAAGACCUGCCUUGCAAUUCAAGCAGAAGCCCUCAGAAGGAGCUAAGGCCCAGGAACACUGCACUGAGGACAGACAAGCUGUUCCACAGGAACCCUGCUGAGCAUCAUUCCUUCCUUGACUCAGAGACUGACAGGAAGCUGGCAUCAGACAUCAUGCAACUUCCAGUAAAACAAAGAAGGAGGCCGUGUGUGCAGAUCCUUGAGGCAAGGGAUCUGACCCCACCUGGGCUUCCAGACUCAAACCUCCCCCAGGUUGUGUAUCCCUCCUCACCCAUCUGUGAUUCCAAGGCUGAAUACUACUCCAAGGCUGCCAUGAUCCUGGAAAAUUUGCAUCACCAAGAUCCAGGAGGAACAUUGGUAGAAAGUGCAUCAGCUGCGAGGCUACAGAGUGCUGUGUCUAGACACUCAGUUACAGAGAUUGAGAAGACCCAAAGAGCCCCUCCACCUGCUGCCAGCCAUGGGCCCUCAAAGGCCGAUCCAGAACCAUUGCAGAGAGACCUGAGUGUUCCACAAAAUUCUUUGUGCUUCCAGGAAAACCCUCCACAGAGCAAGACUAUCCAAGCAACUGAAACAGGCAGCCUACAACCAAAUUCAACCCCCAAUAUGGUCAAGCAUGCACCAAAGAAGAGGUUCCAGGAUGUGGACUCAGGGGAACCCUGCUGUCGUGUGAUAGUGAUUGAUCCUGAAGAAAGUGAACCACCUUCAACAGCCAAACAAAGCAAUAGAGUGGAGGGGAAAGAAGAGCCACCUCCUGCAUGGAGGCUGAGUCCAGGAUCCAGUGAGGAUCACAGUGGCCAAGCCUUCAGUAUCAGUCCCAGGGACUCUGGGUCUUUAGAGGCUAACAGAAUACCAGGCCACCUCCAAACACCUACCCCACAGCACGCAAAGGACUCAGGUCUAAAAGAGCAAGCAUACAGUAAGACUGACUUGAUAUCAAAGGAUCAGCUUGUGGGACUUGAUCCAGAUGGUCCCAACACCAUACAGCCUGCCAAGGUCAGCUGGCCUGCACAACAUUCCCUGCCUAUAUUCCAGAAUACAUGCCAGAACCCCAAAACUUCUCAGGCCUUAAGUGAUGUCUGCAUGAGGAGACAUGAGAGGGUAGAGACUGAAAAUGUCAGUGUCCCGAAGGAUAAAAUCGAAGUGAUGGAACUCAAGGAGGCUCAUCCCGGUGAAGAGAGGCAGAGUAUUAUACAAUCUAGAGGCAUGAACCAGGGAGAAACGCUUGGGAGAGAAAGGCCUUCCAUCCCAAGCUCCACCCAGCUCAAGGACAGAACCAAGACUUGGGUACCAGAAAAAGGAGAUGCUACUUAUAAAAGCUCUCAAAAUGAUUUACAAUAUGAAAACUUCAGCACAAAAUACCUCGGGCAGGGGGAUUCAUUACAACAUGAACGCCCCCCAUCAGCUGCUGAGCAAAUGCAGGAGGUUAUAACAAGAAACAAGGUCAUCUACAAUAUGGUAGCUGAAAUACAAUUCCUUGUGAAUAUUCUGAUCCAGAUCUUAGAAAACACUGAAUGGAACCUAUCAAAGAUACAAGGGUAUAAAGUGGAAUCCCUGACAUCCCAGCUGGGUGGCUCAUCCCACUCUUCAGAGAGUCUGUGUGCCACAAAUCAUAGCAGAACAACCAGCAGACUGAGCUAUGGUCGAAUCACUCCUGAGAUGCAAAACUAUCCCUUCACAUAUAGGGGAAUUGGAGAUGAACUAGAGUCAGGAAUUGAAAACCACAGAUCAUACGAUCAACAUCUGAACCAAGCAAAGAGGGCAAUGUGCUUUGAACAGAUCCCCAUGCCCAUGGGUUAUGACCUUCCAUGUAGGUACAGGGGAAUUGAAGACAAACAGGCGCCAGUUCCUGCUGACCAGAGAGCCUGUGACCCAGGUAGAACAAAGAUUGGAAUGGGCCACUGUCCACAUAGAAGGCCUGAAGCACACAAGCAUUCAUUUAGAUUUAGAGAAAAUGAAGACAAACAGCCGCCAGGUGUUGACCAUACAGCCUUUGACUCACAUCAAAGUACAAUGAAAGGAAUGGGCUGUGGCCACUUUCUGAGUCCCAAAGAGAACCAUAAAGUCAAACACAGAAGAAGUGAAUGCUCCUGGCCUUCAGUUCCUGCCCAGCCAGCCUUUGACCCCAGGUAGACCUUACCAGAGUAGGUCAAGGACCAGGUGGCUCAAGCCAUCCUUACCUUCCCACAAGAGGAUUCUCUAGAAGAUGUCCCAUCUGCCCUGCCAUUGUUUCCCCCAAGCCUCCUGGUAAUAAACUUGGUUUUGUCCCUGC